CUUUGACACCAAUUUCUUGCAUAUAAUAAAUCCAAAAAUUAAAGCAGUCUUCUUUUAAAUAUAAUAUAAUGUGGAGGAUGAAAGGUACACUUAUUUCGAAAAUUAAAGCCAAAAUUGAAUUAAAACACAAAAUCAGUCCGAAACACAAGCUCAAUAAACCCUUUAAACCUCCUGCAAAUUGCGCUUCAAACUGACUGUAACUCUAAACACGAACAAUUGAUUACCGGAGAGAAUGUCAUCGGCGACGGCAGCAAUGAAAGGGUUGGUGCUCUCCCGGCCGGUGACUUUCGUGACUGGAAACGCUAAGAAAUUGGAGGAAGUUCGCGCUAUACUUGGAAAUUCAAUCCCUUUUCAAUCCCUCAAACUCGACUUGCCAGAGCUACAAGGAGAGCCUGAAGACAUCUCAAAGGAGAAAGCAAGACUUGCAGCGAAAGAGGUGAAUGGACCUGUGCUGGUUGAAGACACUUGCCUUUGUUUCAAUGCUCUAAAUGGUCUCCCAGGGCCGUAUAUCAAGUGGUUUCUGCAGAAGACCGGACAUGAUGGACUCAAUAACUUGUUGAUGGCUUAUGAUGAUAAGUCAGCCUUCGCUCUUUGCAUAUUUUCACUUGCUAUGGGGCCCAAUGUAGAGCCAAUAACUUUCCUUGGAAAAACGCCGGGAAAGAUUGUUCCUGCAAGGGGACCCAAAGAUUUUGGAUGGGAUCCAAUAUUCCAGCCGGAUGGCUAUGAUCAAACGUAUGCUGAGAUGGCAAAGGAAGAAAAGAACAAAAUCUCGCACCGUUCUAGGGCUCUAUCACUGGUCAAAUCCCAUUUCGCUGAGGCUGGAUAUGUUUUCCAAACUGAUACCACUUCCACAGGAUGAGCCUUGUGUGACCUUGGUAGUGGAACGGUCUACAAUGUUAACUAUUUAGAAGUUACAACUCAAUUAAAUAUCACGAGAAUGGCUCAUUGCUAAAUGGUUCUGAGUUGUCAAAACUAGAGCCUGGAUGUCUGAACUCUGAAGUUCAUCUGUAGGCUAUAUCAUUGAGAAAAUCAGAGACUUAGCAUGUUUAAAUGAUUGAAUGAUAUGGCUAAUUAGACUUUUUUAGAUUGCAAUUUAGGCUUACAAAUUUUGAUAUAUGCUACAAAAAUCAUUCUUGAAGAGAAAUUUGAAACUUCUCUCCAGGUGGUUUGGAUAGUGUUUUAUGUUCAGUCAGAAAUUGUGCUUGCAUGACAUCCAAGGAUAUAGGUAACAGAAUUAGGGUUUAGGGACUAUUAGGGCUGGUAGUUCAUCGGUUCAACUCGACCAACCACCCGACCCGAAAUACAUUCGGCUUAAUUGGGGCGGGCACUCGGUUUAAUUGGGGGUUUUCGGCUCUAUUCGAUUAAUCGAUUAGCUAAUUUGGUUCC